AUGAACUAUUGUGAUACACAAUGGGCUGAGAGACAUGAAGCUAUUGCAUUAUUCAAAGAUAAUAUUUUACCUAUUAUAGCAACAUUAGAACAAAUAAUGUCUGACAAUAAAGAUGAUGGUUCAAUAGGUCGCUCAUUCCACAAAAAAAUCUGUGAUUUUGAGUUUAUUAUUACUCUAUUUACUGUUAACAAAUUGUUAGCUUUAACGUAUCAAGUAUCUGUUAAUCUCCAAAAGUCUAAUAUUGAUUUAUGUACAGCUGUUGAAAGUGUAGAAAAUGUUCAAUCAGUCAUCAGUGAGAUGAGAUCAAUUGCCGAUAGUGAAUUUAAAGAAGUAUUUAAAUCUGCUCUUAAUGUAGCUAAUAACCUCAAUGUUACAAAAUUGAUACCAAGAAUUGUCGGUACACAAAAUCAUAGACAAAACCAUUCUACUGAUUCUCCAGAAGUGUAUUUUAGAAUUAGUUUGUUUAUUCCAUAUCUUGAUGAGCUAUCUAUGUCAUUAUCUAAUAGAUUUACCAAACAUAAAGAAGUUCUUUUAAGUCUUCAACAUAUUGUACUAUUUUAUGCGAUUAAUUCAAGUUAUACUAAUGUAUUACAUGCCAUUAACUUUUAUCAAACUGAUUUUGAAGAUAACUUUAAUCCAUCAAUUAUUGAAGGUGAAUGGAGACUAUGGAAAAGUAAAUGGAAAUUAUUUUCUUUAGACUCAUCGAACAGCAUUCCAAAAAAUGCUAUCGAAGCAUUAAAAAAAUGUAACAGAAAUGAAUUUCCCACAAUGCAUGUUUUGUUAAAAAUAUUAUGCAUUAUACCUGUUACUACUGCAUCGAUUGAAAGGAGUUUUUCAACACUAGGUCGACUUAAAACGUUUUUGAGGAAUCAACAAGGAAACGUUAGAUUGUCAGGCCUUGCAUUGAUGACAAUUCAUCGUAACAUUCCAAUCAAUGUAGAAGAAAUAGUAAAUAUGUUUAUAAAAAAAAUAGAAAAAUGA